GGCGCGCUGAGCUGCCCUUAGACUCUCCCAGAGAAUCCCCCAUCUAACGCGCUGAGCUGCUCUUAGACCCACUCCGAGAAUCCCUCCCGUCCAAUGGCGCAGGCGCGCUGAGCUGCCCUUAGACCCUCUCCAAGAAUCCCUCCGGCCCAAUGGCGCAGGCGCGUUGAGCUGCCCUUAGACUCUUCCAGAGAAUCCCCCAUCUAAUGCGCUGAGCUGUUCUUAGACCCUCCCCAAGAAUCGCUCGCGUUGAGCUGCCCUUAGACCCUCUCCGAGAAUCCCUCCGGCCCAACGGCGCAGGCGCGCUGAGCUGCCCUUAGACCCUCUCCAAGAAUCUCUCCGGCCCAAUGGCGCAGGCGCGCUGAGCUGCCCUUAGACUCUCCCAGAGAAUCCCCCAUCUAACGCGCUGAGCUGCUCUUAGACCCUCUCCGAGAAUCCCUCCCGUCCAAUGGCGCAGGCGCGCUGAGCUGCCCUUAGACCCUCUCCAAGAAUCGCCGGCCUGGAACUCUGCCGGCCGCUGGACCCGAAGGGGUUACGCGUGGCGCCUGGGCGUGUGAACGCGCAGGAAUGAGGCCCGGCGAGGUAGGAAGGAAGGAAGCGGGCGGGGUCACGUGGGGCUCCCCCGGCUGAGAAAGUUGCACAGGCAGGAAGCGGAGGAGGAAAACAAAGUUUCCAAGGCAGGAGGGAGGAAAGGCGGAGGGGCGCGGAAGAGCGGGCAGGGCUGGGGGGGCAGCAGGCUGGAGAGGCCCUGCUCGCUUGGGAAGCUCCUCGGCCCCCUUUGGCCGCCCCCCCCCUCUCUCCCUCCUUUCCCUGAUGGAGGGCACCUGCCGCCUAGAGUCCUGCCUCCCUUUGGGACCAAGAGGAAGACAACCUGCGCUGACCUCCAACCUGCUUGGCCGAGGAGGGGAGCUGCAGGCCCGGCAGGCGAUGGAGUCAGAAGCCGGCGAUCCCGGGUCUCCAGCGCCGCGCCCUCCCCGCAGGGGGUCCCCCAAGCUGCUGGUGCGAUGGUUCGUCCUUGGACUCCUCUGGGGUGUCCUUCAGACAGUGGAGAGUAGUCCUUCCUAUAUGGGUGUCUGCCAGGGCUACCCUGACGUCCGGAGGGAAUUCCCCGGCCAGAUCCGCAGCCCCUCCGUGCAGGGAAUGCCGUUCCGUAGCUGCACCUGGGUGAUUCUCGGUGGGGCCGAGGAUGUCAUCUCCAUCAAGUUCCAAUGGUUCCGCCUUCUCUGUGGCUCGGAAGUGCUGACCAUUCGUUCGUCCUCCCAGCUGACCAAGAAAUUCUGCGGUUACAACAUUCCGGAGCCCCUUCAGAUAAAGGGAGGCAACGUGACCUUGAGCUACAGCUGGAGGUUCAUGGCAGGCGACGGGUUUCUGUUGAAAUAUGAGAGAGAAUGGAUGUUUUCCAAGUCAAGGAUCACCACCUCUUGCGGCCAGGGCCGCAGGUGCCUGAGUGCCUCCUCCAGCACCCUCCCAGCCAAUCAGGCCAGUGGGUGGGGACAUGCUAUUGGCAAAGGGAUGCGUUGGCUACCGGAGGAGGACGUGACAAGUGAAAAAACGGCAACUGAGAGCUCGGAGCUGCCGCAAGGAUAUUCAUCAGACAGGCCGAGGGGAGAGUCCAAAGCUCCGCCGUGCAACGUCAGCCUGGACAACUUCUAUGGGGUAAUUUUUUCGCCAGCAUUCGCCCCAGACGCGCACCCAGGGGCCGCCCAUUGCCAGUGGGCCCUAGAUGCCCACGACAGCCGCCCCCUAAGCAUCCGCUUCACCGUCAUCGAUUUGGACGUCCGGGACUUUCUGCAGGUGUACGAGGGGGAGCCCGGCAGCACCCCACGGCCUCGCUUGCUGCGCAACUUGGACUAUACCAGCAAUGACAAAGUUGUCUCCGUGGACUCCCCUUCCAGCCGUGCGUGGGUCCUAUACCAGGCCGUCCCGGGAACUAAUCGCCUGGGAUUCAAUGCUACCUACCACGUGCGGGGUUAUUGCGUCCCAUGGGAUUUUCCCUGCGGCGGCGAAGACGGCGAAGGCGCCAGCUGCUACAGCGCCGCCGAGCGCUGCAACGGCAUCUGGGACUGCGCCAACGGUGCCGACGAGGAUGGUUGCAACGGCUGUCCGCUGGGACAGUUCCCUUGCGGAGGGCGGGGCAUGGUCGGGGCUGCCUGCUACGGGCCUGCCGACCGCUGCAAUUACCAGACCUUCUGCGCAGACGCCGCGGACGAGCGGGGCUGCUACACCUGCCAGCCGGGCAAUUUCCGGUGCCAGGACGGGCGCUGCAUCUACGAGAGUUGGAUGUGUGACGGGCAGGCGGACUGCACGGACGCCUCUGACGAGGCCGACUGCUCGUAUGUCCUCCCGCGCAAAGUGGUGACGGCGGCGGUUAUCGGCAGCCUGGUGUGCGGCCUCCUCCUGGUGAUCGCGUUGGGCUGCACUUGUCGCCUCUACGCGCUCCGUAGCCACGACUUCGGUGCUGUAGCCCCCAUGUCGCGGAUGGAGGCCCAGAUGGUCCGGCGGCAAGCUCCCCCCUCCUACGGGCAGCUCAUUGCUCGUGGCGUCAUCCCCCCAGUUGACGGCUUUCCUACUGAGCAUCCCAGCCAGAACUCAGUGCUGGGGAAUUUGCGGUCCCUGCUGCAUUUGUUGCGCCGCGACCCAGCCACUACCACUGCCACCAACGGGGGUCGCCACCCACACCGCAGUCGCUUCGUGCGCCGCUUGGUCAGGCGUAUGCGCCGUUGGGGACUCCUCCCUCGGCCCGCUCCAUCUUCCUCCCCCACGACACCCGCAAGUGCCGCCACCACCUCGUCUUCCCCUUCUGCUCUUGAUACCCAGCCCGCGCCAGUUUCAGGGGAAGAAAAUACGACUUCUGCCCAACGUGAGGAGCAGGCCCCGCCUCUUCCUCAGAAAGUCCCGCCUACUCCCGAACCUCUACCUGAGCCCCUGGCUCCUCCCCCUCCUCCCACUCCACGGCUUUCAGGAAUGAUGCAAAUUCUCCGCGUGCGGCUCUUUCCCCCUGCACCUCUGUCCUCUGUCCAGGCAGGUGAUACCUUCAGUGUGCCACCCUCACCUGAGGACGAAGACGACGUGUUGCUGGUCCCUCUCGCUGAGCCACGGCUCCAGAACACAGACGCAACUUGGGACGAUGAGCCCCUUCUGACCUGACAACCUCACCGAUUCCCCCCUCCCGGCCACGGUGACCUUCUCUAUCUUUGUCUAACACUGGACGUUCGCAGUCAAUUAAUAGUGAAUGAAACAAUUGGCUGGCAGAUCAAAAAUAAAUGUUCUUAAAGGUUCUAUUUCUGCUCUUGGCAUGGGACCAACAGGGUAGAUGGUUGAGGCCACUAGAAAGCUUCUUUCUUCUGACCUAUCGGAAGAGGCAAACGUCCGCGCAGCUGAAUACGGACGCUAUAUUCGCGAGCCAGUUAAAUAACGUUUCUUAGAGGCGUUGUUGGGUCAUCUGGGAUUACUGUUCUUUGUAACAAGCCAUAAGAAAGAUGGCUCUACCCAGUCAUCUUGAUAUUCUUUCUUUGUUUUUUCCAGAUCUGUGAGCAACAGGCCGGUUCAGCUGGCAACGAAAUAUGGCUUUUUCUGGAGAACAGUAGAAGUGCAUGCACUUGACAUUUUAGAAAAUGUUCUUAGAAAGUGAGGAGGUGGGUAUAGAAAAUAAAUAUGUUCUUGCAGGGAGACAUGACAAUAUUCCUCUGCCUAAGAGGGAAGGAAGCAGAGAGGUUUGUUAGCAAUCAAUGGUGGCCCUUAAAGGUAUUGACUAUAGGGCUGAACCAUAAAUGUUAUUUUUUAACAAAGCAGUACAAAGAAAAAAAGCAAAAAUGUACUUCGGCAAGAAAACUAUUUUUUCCGAAGUUGCAGAAAGAUUUCUAAGAAGGUAGCAAAGCAAAAAAGGAUAUUUAAAGUUGGUGACGCCCUUUGCAUUUUUUGUGUGUGUGGUGAUCAGAAAAUACUGUUUUAAGACAAAGAGCAAAGAUGGAAACUAUUUUGAUCUUUUAUUGAUGUUUUGUAAGUAAAUUAUUUUUAAAAAUAGAAUAAGCGAGGGGAGUUUUGCACAAAGACCUAUCUAAUGAGCUCUACACGAGGAAAAUUUUGUAUGAAGGAUUAAAAGCGAUUUAGUAGCGAUCGUUGCAAAUUAUUUCAGUGGCAAAA